AUGCUCUCCAACAAUGACGACGUGGCUAUAUAUGCCGAGUUCACCCACCGUCUCUCCAUGGCCAGUAAUACUCCCGGGGGUGACAGACGAGGCAGUAAGUCACAAGAGAUGGAGCGUAGCCACCCACAGCGUUACAAGACGGUGUGGGCGUGGGUGUGGGUGGGCGUCGUGGUGGUGGUGGUGGGCGGGCAGCAGCAGCCGCGGGUGGAGACGCCCUGGGGCACCUUCCUGGGUAAGGAAUACAUGUCCGCCAGGCAGCAGGACCGGAAGAUCUACGCCUUCACUGGGAUCCCUUACGCCAAGCCUCCCGUGGGCGAUCUGAGGUUCAGGGCUCCCGUGGACUACGGCGCCCACUCGACGCCCUUCAACGCCACGUCAGCGUCGCCGGCGUGCCUGCAGUGGGACAACCUGCGCGGCCGGGGCGUGGUGGGCCAGGAGGACUGCCUCUACCUCAAUGUUUACACCAACACGAUGCCAGCGCCACCAGACUACUACAACACCCAGCCGGUGCUGGUGUUCCUGCACGCCGGCACCUGGAUGGCGGGCAGCGGCGGCGACGGCCUCUUCCAGCCCGACUACCUCCUGGAGUCCGACGUCACCGUCGUCACCAUCAACCACAGACUCGGACCCUUCGGUUUCCUGUCGACGGAGGACAAGGAGAGCCCCGGGAACUACGGCCUCCUGGACCAGGUGCGGGCGCUGGAGUGGGUGAGGGACCACGUGCGCUACUUCGGGGGCAUGAACGACACCGUCACCGUCAUGGGCUCCGGUGCUGGCGGCAUCAGCGCUCACCUCCUCGUCCUCUCUCCCAAGGCCCGCGGCGCCUCCAUCUACCCAGACAACUCUGCAUUAAUCCACAAGGCCAUCUCCCAGAGCGGGACAGCCUACAGCCCCCACGCCCUGGUCCGGGAUGCCCUCACUCAGGCCCUCAAGCUGGGUCUGGCCCUCGGCUGCCCUACGCUCACCUCCGCCCUCCUCCUGCCUUGUCUCAGGGCCAUCCCGGCCUCCAAGAUCAUCGAACAAAUGCCGUCCAUGUAUAAGUGGGACGAGGAGCCGCUGCCCUUCGGCCCUGUGAUCGACGCCUGGCAGGGAGACGAGGCCUUCCUCCCAGACGAGCCCAACCACCUCAUCCGUCACAAGCAGUUUCUUCAGGUGCCCUGGUUGGUCGGCACCAAUAGGAAUGAUGGCGCUUUUAGGGUCCAGGACAUCCUGAAGGACUCCAGCCUGACGAUGCAGCUUAACAAGCAAUGGGAGAAAUACGGUCCUAUCCUACUUGACUUGAAGGACACCUCGUGCAAGUAUCCUGUAGAUAUCGCUAAUAGAAUCCGUAAAUACUACAUGGGCAAGAAAGCGUUCGGCGAAGAAUCCUCCAAGGAGUUCGUAGAGAUGAUGACGGACAGAUUUUUCGUGCACCCUACGGACCACGCCACCAGGGACCACUGCUACUACCUUCAGGGCAAGCACUGCUACCGCUACGAGCUCGUCUACUGCGGCCGCAAGUCCUUCCUCGACUUCCUCCACCACCAGAGUCCUCAGGAGGCCGCCAACUCUGCCUUCGGCGCAGGACUCUCCAACCCAAGGUUCCAGAACACGCGAGGCGCUCAUGGCUGGGGUGUGAGCUUCUUGGACGAGCUUCUCUUCCUCUUCCCUUCCAGCAAGUUGGAUCUCAUCUAUAAGAGAGACUUCGACUCUGACUCUGCCUCCCGGGUGUCUACGCACAUGCUCAUGCUCUGGGCCAACUUUAUCAAGAGCAGUGACCCGACGCCUGAGUUGGAUGGUUGGCCAGACGACGUGUCUCCGUGGGGCGCGUGGUGGGAGCCCUUCGUCCAUGGCUAUCAUUACUACCUGCAGAUCGACCCCGAGAUGGAAAGUAAAGAUGGCCCACUUAGGAACGAGCAGAUGACCUUCUGGAAUGAUCUCGCGCUCUUUGAGAACCGUGACCGUAAUGUCCUAAAGGACGAAUUGUGAAAGUCAACAAUCAACUAGUUUCUCCGAGAUCAGCCGUUCAACCACUUGGGCUGGACGGUAGAGCGACGGUCUCGCUUCAUGCAGGUCGGCGUUCAAUUCCCGAUCAUCCAAGUGGUUGUACACUUCCGUUCCCGCAUCCCGUUCCAUCCCAAAAUCCUUAUCCUAACCCCUCUUCCAAGUGCUAUAUAGUCGCAAUGACUUGGCGCUCUUCCCCGAUAAAACCUUCCGAGAUCAGCCUUUCUCGGAGAGGCUGCAGGAUCCAAGUAAAUUCAGUAGAAUUUCUUUUUGCAAUUCCUAUACCAUGUCGUGGGUCAGUCGAUUAAGGCAGCGUCUGGGAUGCUCUCGGACGUAGGUUCGAAUCCUCGUCACGACCCUUGUGGAUUUGUUCAAUCAACUAGUUUAAUGUAGCUAUUAAGAGAACUUGGUUAUAAAAACAUUUUAGCGAUUCAUUCUAUGAAAACACUUCUCACGUCUUCUUAAGUAACGAAUACUUUUGAGAAAUAUUGCAAAAAGUACAUUUUAUUAGCAAACUUUCCUCGGUACUCGAACAGUUGGUGACACUUCUCCUGCACUCAAAAGUUACUAUCUAUUUUAUUUAUUUACAUUUAAAUAUUGUAUUUAUUUAUUUACUCAUUUACAAGAAGGUACAUUGGGUUUGUGAGAGUACAUAACAAUGGUGUUAUUACAUUCUUGCAAAGCCACUAACAGACAUAGCGUUUCGGGCAGGUUCUUAAUCUAACAGAUAAGGUGAAAACUGAAGCAGUGCUGCCGGAGCUCGCCGGAGCGCCUCUCCAGCACAUCUGCAAGUGGAUGAUGGAAUGGGGGGAAAGGGAGAGAGGAUGAAGGGAAAGGGAGAGAGAGGACAAGGGGAAAGAGAGAGAGGACGAGGGGAAAGGGAGAUGAGGGCUUAUGGGUGAUGGUUGAUCGUGGCAGAAAAAUAUUAGUAUUAUAUCACUAAUAAGUUAAUAAUGUUAUGAUAUUUCUUAUUUUUAUUUAACGAUUCAAUAAUAUUUAAAUAUUUAAAUAUUUAAACAGUACACAGGAUGAUUUGUUGUGGUACUACCCGACGCGCGUGAACGCUUCCUGUCCAUGUAUGUCAGUCAAAUGUUAUGAGACAAAGUUGCCAACCUACCGCUUUGGAUAUGAAUAUUCAGCAAUAAUGUUCAUGGCUUUAGCAGUAGUUCAUUAGACAGGUAUUCCUUAUUCAUACAAUACUAUAUUUUAGUAUUAAAUACUAGGCAGGUAAAACGUAUUAGCUGCCUAGUAUUAAAUACUAGGCAGGCAAAUUGUCUCCAUUAAUUAUAAAUAGUUUCUUACCAGUCUUGUGAACAAUUUGUAGCACGGUAUGUUCACGACUCGUCCAUGAAAGGCUCUCAAACUUCUGAGCCUCAAAGUAUGUAUUAGUUAAUUUAGUUCAUUUAUUAUGCACCCCAUAACCAUCCUGGGGGCGGUAGUGGAAAGGUUACAGAGGCACAUAAUGGGCUCAGGGACUG